CAAUGGUGGGAUCCCACUGUUGUCUUGUCUCUCCAAUUAUUUUUCAUUAUUUACCUACCUACACCAUCUCCCAUUAAUUCCCAUGAUUUAUCAAUCACCUCAUUUUCCAAGAAAUUUCCUCCCAUAAUCAUCUUCAGAUCAGAAAUGAGAGAAAAAUCAGAAUUCACUCGAGAGUUGUAAUAACUAUUACAGCUAAUUAUACAUAAAUCACUUAUUUUGUGCCCAGUAAAUAACCAUCUAAAUGGCUGGUAUGCUUCCUGGAGUUGAAUCUGCAAGAAGAAGAAGAUUCCAUUCUGAUUCUCCAAACCCAUCUGGUUAUAACUUCACAAGACGUUCAUCUUUUUGUUUAUAUUCAAGCAAUCAUGAAACCCUUCACAGUUCAUCCUCUUCCUCGAGGAAUCCAAUAAGCCAGGCAUAUUGUGAUGAAAAGCUAGGGGCUGUGGCUAGAGAAGCUAAGAAAAGGUUGGAUGAGAGGCUGAAAGCACAGUGGAAAUCAGAAAUCAAAAGGGUUUCGAGUGGGCAAGAAAGGACAAGAAAUCUGGAGGUGAGCCCUACAAUUGAAGGGACAGAAGUUUUUGGAUUAAAGAAAAAGUUUAAUUGGGCAAAACUAAGCUGGAAAUGUACAGAACAAGAGGAAUGUGCAGUGUGUUUGGAGCAUCUUAUGGCAGGAGACACCCUAAUGCAGUUGCCAUGUGCCCAUAGAUUCCAUUCAAAGUGUUUGGUACCAUGGCUAGAGAGCAAUGCACAUUGUCCUUGUUGUAGAAUGGAAAUUCAAAAUUGAAACAAAAUAAAAAAAAAAUUAUUAAUAAUAAAAUCAUGUCAUGGAAUUCGAGAAUAAAGCUAUGGAAUUCGAUGUUGGAUA